UUGAUGGAGAUCCACACUUCAUUAUAUCGGUGCCACAAAAAGAAGAUGCCAUUUGUUUCAAUAUCAAUGAAAACCCAGGAGCUGUGUUAAAUUUAAUAAAUGACCCAGUUACAGGCAUCACAGUCAAUGGAGAACUCAUUGGUGAUAAGAGGCCAAACAAUGAUGCAAAGAUCCAAAACACAUAUUUUGGAAGACUUGGCAUUGCAAAUAAGAACCUGGAUUUAAAACUGACAGUAACUCCUGAGGAGAUCACAAUUCUGAAUGGCAAGGAAAAAACAAGUUUCACCUGGCUGGACUCAGUCACCUUGCAACAAGAAGGUUUUACUUUGAUAAUUAACAGAAAAAAAAAUGUGGUGCUCACAAUGGACAGUGGUGCCUCAUUUGUUAUUGUUCUGCACCAAGUAUGGAAGAAACACCCUCUCCACCAAGACUUCCUAGGCCUGUAUACAUUGGAAAGUGAUAAGCUGUCUGAGCAGACCCAUGGAUUAUUAGGACAGUUUUUCCACCCCAUUGACUUCACCAUCCUUGAAAUUCAUCCUGGAUCUGAUCCCAAGAAACCAGAUGCCACAAUGAUUGUUAAAAACAACGAGCUGAUAGUAACAAGGGGCUGGCAGAAGGAUUACAGAACAGAUCCUAGACAUGGUGUUGAUAUUCCUUGCUGGUUUGUUCACAACAAUGGAGCUGGACUGAUAGAUGGUGUUCAUACAGACUAUAUCGUUUCCAAUCUGUUUUAA